AUGGUCAAAAAGGAGGAUAACAAGAUCGGGUUGAUCGGUGCAACGUCGUACAUUGUUGGCUCGAUUAUUGGAAGUGGAAUUUUCAUAGCACCCAAGGGUAUUGUGGAACAUGCUGGCUCAGUCGGUUUGUCACUUAUCAUAUGGGUCUUUUGUGCGUUACUAAACAUGAUAACAGCAAUUAACUUCAUCGAACUUGGCACCAGUAUCCCCGAAUCUGGCGCCGAUCUCGCUUACAUUAGUUACAUGGGAUGGACACCUAUUGCAUUCUCUCUUCUCUGGCUCUCCUUGCUCAUUGAGAGCUCUUCAUCCGCUGCAGUUUUAUACCUGACAUUUGGAGAAUAUCUCGUCCAAGCGCUUGAUCCAAUUAUCUGUUUUUCGGAUGCUGACGCUGACAAUUCGUCGAAACUUUUCGGUUUCGGAUUACUGUGUGAGUUAUAA